UAGAUAAUAGAAUAUCAUAUUAUUCGAAAAUUAAAAAAUCGAAACUCGAAAAAAAAUUUUAAGUGCAACAAUGGGUAUUGUCGAAACUCAAGAGGUCCAGAAACCAGCGCGAUGGCUAGGCACGCGUCACGUGGUGAUCUUCCUGCUGUUCCUAUCGACGGUGGUGUCGUACGCCACGCGCGUCAGCAUGAGCAUCGCCAUCCUCGCCAUGACCAAGCCGAACCAGCAUGGACACCAGGUGUUCGACUGGAGUCAAAGCAUCCGCGACACGGUCCUCUCCUCGUUCUUCUGGGGCUACAUCCUACUGCAGAUCCCCGCCGGCAUGAUGGCCGGCCGCUUCGGCGGGAAGAUGCUCAUGUUCGUCUCCAUGAUCCUCACCGGCAUUGUCAACUUGCUGGUGCCACUCGCUGCCAGCUUGGGUGACUGGAAGGCGGUGGUGGCGUGCCGGAUCCUGAUGGGUCUGUUCCAGGGUCUGCUGUACCCGUGUCUCCAUGGUCUCAUCGGCCAGUGGGCACCAGCUAUGGAGCGGAGCCGAAUGGGCACUUUUGUUUAUUCUGGUAGCCAACUCGGCACCGUAAUCGAGAUGAUGUUGGCCGGGGUGUUGGCCGAGAGCGCUUGGGGCUGGCCUGCCAUCUACUACGUAGCGGGCGCCACGUGCCUGAGCUGGGCGGCGCUGUGGCUGGUGUUCGGCGCCUCCUCCCCCGGCACCAGCAGGUGGAUCACCAAGGAGGAGAGGAAGUACAUCGAGUAUAGUACGGGCUCCAUGGAUAUCACGGAGAGUAAGAGAAUUCCAACUCCGUGGAAGGCAAUCUUGACAUCGGUCCCGUUCUGGGCGAUCAUCCUGGCGCACAGCGGACAGAGCCUGGGCUUCUGGACGCUGCUGACAGAGAUGCCGUCCUACAUGGACAAGGUGCUCAAGGUUGACGUUAAAAGCAGUGGUCUCCUAUCAGCUCUGCCGUACGUGGCGAUGUACAUUCUGAGCUUCGUGUUCAGCUGGACCGCCGAUUUCCUCAUCAACAGGAACAUCUUCGCCCUCUCCACUACUAGAAAGAUCUUCAAUACUAUUGCGUUCUGGGGUCCCGCCGCCGCGCUACUGGGUCUAACGUACAUCCCGGCCGGCCACCUGCCGCUCGCCGUCUCCAUACUGACGCUCACAGUCGGUCUGAAUGGCGCGCAUUAUGCUGGAUUCUUGAUCUCGCACAUCGACCUGUCACCGAAUUUCGCCAGCACGCUGAUGGGCAUCACCAAUGGCUGCGGGAACAUCUUCUCCAUCAUGGCGCCGCUCUCCGUCACACUCGUCGUCGCUGAUGAGAACAGCGCGGAAGAGUGGCGGAAGGUGUUCUUCAUCUCGAUCGGGUUCUACUUCCUCAGCAACCUCUACUUCAUCCUGUUCAUGUCGGGGCAGGUGCAGGACUGGAACGAACCCAAACCCACAAGCUCCUCUAUUGAAAACGGAGAGCAAGGAGAAAGUGAAAAAUCGAAAAAUCUAGAAAAGAAAGACAGCGUGUCCGACCAGAAAUUAUGAGAGAACGAAAGAACGAUAGUGUAAACUAGUCAACGAAUUUCAUAGAAAUGUUAUAACAUUAUAACAAUAUGGGGGUUCAAAAAUCUUAAGGGGCAAAGAAUAUGAGCCAAAAAUAAGGCCUUUAUAAUAUAAAAGGAAUAAAUAUGAGAACCAAAAAAUAAAGGCCAAAAUUUUUUUUGAAACCGAGUUUUGGGGCCAAAAAAGGUUCAUAAAUAAAAGAUAUUAGUAAUCAGUAAUCACACAAAGGCCAAUAAUAGUUCC